AAAAAGAUGGUAAUCUCUUUGCUCUGUCUUUUUAUCAUCACCUUCGCUUCGUUGAUCUUUAUCAGCAACAAGAUCAAACGCUCUAAAUGAAACCUUCCUCCUAGCCCUCCAACGUUACCAGUUAUCGGAAACUUACACCAAAUUGGAGAAUUGCCUCACAUAUUAUUUCAACGUCUAUCCGAAAGAACAGGACAUGUUAUGCUUCUUCACUUAGGGUUUGUCCCUGUAAUUGUGAUCUCAUCGAGAGAAGCAGCUGAAGAGGUGUUACGAACUCAUGACCUAGACUGUUGCAGCAGACCUAAGCUUGUUGGAUCGAGGCUAACCUCUCGGGGUUUUAAAGAUGUGGCUUUUACACCAUACGGUGACGAGUGGAAGGAGCGGCGCAAGUUCUUGGUGCGUGAGCUUUUCAGUUUGAGAAAGGUUCAGUCUUCCGGGUAUAUCAGAGAGGAAGAAUGUAACUUUCUAGUCAAGAAACUGUCGGAAUCAGCGGUGGAUCGAUCUCCGGUCGAUUUGAGCAAAACCCUUUUCUGGUUAACCGCGAGUAUCCUGUUUAGAGUAGCUUAUGGAAAAAGGUUCCACGAGUGUGAGUUCAUCGAUAAAGACAAGGUCGAAGAGCUUGUGUUUGAAGCCGAGAGAGCUCAGGGAAGUUUCACUUGCUCUGAUUUCUUUCCUAUUGCCGGACUUGGAUGGCUCGUUGACUGUAUUUCAGGGCAACACAAGAGGCUCAAAGAUGUUUUCGUCAAGCUCGAUACUCUGUUUCAAGGUGUGAUCGAUGAUCAUUUACAUCCUGAUCCUGGAAAAUUUUCAAAAGAUCACAGAGAUAUUGUCGAUGUUAUGUUGGAUGUGAUGCAUAAACAAGGCGAGGAUGAUUCCUUGACGCUCACGUUAGAUCACAUCAAGGCAUUACUAACGAAUUUGUUUCUAGGAGGGGUAGACACAGGAGCUAUUACCAUGAUAUGGGCAAUGACGGAACUCGUUAAAACCCCGCAAGUCAUGAAGAAAGUUCAAGGCGAGAUCCGAGACCGUCUGGGAAACAAUAAGGAGAGAAUCACCGAAGAAGAUCUCGACAAAGUUCCUUUCUUGAACAUGGUGAUCAAGGAAACAUUCAGAUUACACCCAGCAGCUCCUCUUCUGCUCCCAAGGGAAACAAUGGCUCACAUCAAGGUCCAAGGAUAUGAUAUUCCUCCAAAUAGACAGAUCUUGGUGAACGCUUGGGCGAUAGGAAGAGAUCCAAAAUACUGGACAAACCCGGAAGAGUUUAACCCUGAGAGGUUUAUGGAUAGCCCUAUGGAUUAUAAAGGAAGACAUUUCGAGUUCAUAUCGUUUGGGUCUGGUCGAAGGAUAUGUCCCGGUAUAGCAAUGGGGGUAGCUACUGUGGAAUUGGGACUCUUGAACUUACUUUACUUCUUCGAUUGGAGAGCACCUGAUGGUAUAACACAUAAAGACAUCGAAAAGAAGAAGCUGGUACCCUUACAAUCGUCAAGAAAGUACCUCUCAAGCUCGUUCCAGUUCGAGUCAAGUGAUUGCACCAUUCUCCAGACUCCAGUUAUAGACUUUUUACUAAGUUUUGAAUAAACUUCCUCUGUAUUUCCUGUAAUAUAAACCGAAACGUAUGCAAAGUUGUUGUGAAUGUGUGCUUCAUAUGGGCUUAUUUGGUCUGAACCAUGAACUGGGCCCAUUAUGGUGUGAAGUCCAUACAGGAUCCGGGUUGUGUAGUCUGCAAGGGUAAACCGACAUAAGCUCUAGGGUUUCACUAUAUAAGGGAACCUAGGGUUGAAGAAACAAGACAAGAAGUAAUCACAAAGACGCAGAAGAAGCUGGUGGUACCUUGGUGGCAGUUGUAGGGCACAGUGCAGGGCAGAUGCAGAGACGCUGGACGUAGUGCAGAGAGCAUGCGCAGGGCGUCGUACAUGGAGCUUGAAGCUGUGUGCAGAACCAUGAUAAAGGAGCAGAAUUUUGGCUGGGGUCGAAGGGCUGAUAGCCGGAGAUAACCUUGUCUAGGUUUAAAGUGUCUUCAGGACACUCUGAUGAGAGACGAAGGUGGAGCUGCUUCUUUGGGGUUUUGAAGGUAUUUCAGGGUUAUACAUGGAGGGGAGAGCUGAACCAGAGACAAAGAGAGGGGAAGAAGAAAAGCUAGAUACUCUAUGUUUUCUUCUUCCGGUUUCCUUGUAGUUGCUCUCUAAGCUUGUAUAUGAAACACUAGUGUAAACCUUGGUUGAUUGAUAGUGGAUGUUUGUGGG